AUGGCAGGAAUGAACAACAAGGACACUUCCCUUUAUAGAGAAAUGCUGCAGGAGAUUGAGGACGCCAAGACAGGGCCAGCGCAUCCGAAACACCCAGCAUGCAAGAUAUACUCCACUCAGAGAUCGCCUGACGAGCCCAUCAGUGGAAACAAGUCCACCCUGGAGGAUCUGCCCUUAGUGAAAGGGGACGAUAUAAAGUGUCUUCUCACAUCCUUCUGGGAGAACCUGCAAGCUGAAGACGUCAGUGAGCAGAAGGCCAAGGCCAAGAUGGAGGACAUGUUUAAGGAGCUGAUUUGUGUGUCGGCCAAUGAGGUCCUCGGGGCGUUAGUGACCAGGAAGAGUCUGUAUGAAUGUUCCCCUGGUAAGGUUCAGGUGUCGCAGACAGGAGUCAAAGGUUCACUCAGCCCCGUCUUUAGAACCUUCAUCAAAACUCCGUCUACAGAAGAGUUCAUCGCUCUGGACAGAGUCAUAAAACUCCUCAGUACAGAAGUGGCUCUCACGGUCAACUCUGUGCUGAAGGACAACUGUGGCUUUGAGCGUGUUCUGCUGGUGGAGGAGAAGGACUAUUCCACACCACGGAGAACCCUGCGCCACAUCGCUGCUAAUGCACCAAUGUUCCUGCCACACAUGGACCUUCUCAGACCAAUGGGAAAAACUUCUUGA